GACUGCUUCUACGCCUCCGUCUUUGAAAAUGAGAAUCCGGAGCUGCGAUCACUGCCCCUUGCAGUGCAGCAGAAACAAAUCGUCGUGACAUGUAAUUACGAGGCACGGAGACGAGGCUUGUCUAAGCUGCAGCUCAUCAAAGAUGCGAAGAGAAUCUGUCCCGAUGUGGUCAUUGUCCUUGGCGAAGAUCUCACGCGCUUCCGAGAUGCCUCCAAGCAGCUCUACCUCUUUCUGAGAUCAUUCUCCUGGAACCAAAAAGUGGAGAGACUAGGCUUCGAUGAGGUGUUUAUGGAUGUCUCUGAUAUUAUCGAUUACAACCUGGCACUAUUGAACCACCAUGACCUCGGGAACUCAUUCUUCUGUCUCUCCAAAAAUGACCCAACCACUGGUUUUCCAUUCGAUGCGUCUCAGGUCGCCGGCUACACCUACCCAAAACCAUCAGACGGGGACGCAGGAUCAGAAAAUGUCUCGACCGCCAAUGUAUUGCGGCUCCGAUUGCACCUCGGAUCCCACCUUGCCCAGCAUCUGCGGGAAGCUCUGCGUGCUCAAAGGGGGUAUACUUGCACUGCCGGUGUGUCGACCAAUAAACUCCUUUCCAAACUUGUCGGCAACCUCCACAAACCCGACAAACAGACGACGCUUCUACCGCCCUAUGAAGAUGAAGGCGAUGGAGUUGACAACGUCACCUCCUUCAUCGACAGCCAUGAAGUGGGCAAAAUACCUGGGAUAGGGUUCAAGCUUGCAGAGAAGCUGCGCAAUUUCGUUCUCCAGCCCAAGACAACAGAAGCCGUUGCCGAAAAUUGGCACCAACCAAAGCAACCAGUCCUGGUCGGCGAAGUGAAGCGACAUCCUGACAUGAGCGUUGAGACACUCGAAAGGGUCCUCGGAGGUCCAGGUGUACCUCAUGGUAAAGGCACGCGGGUCUGGAACCUCCUCAACGGCUGCGACGAUACGCCCGUUGGACACGCGCGAGACGUUCCCCGCCAGAUUAGCAUCGAAGACAGCUACGGACGGCUGGAUUCUGAGACGGAGGUGGUCAAGCAGCUCAAGAUUCUAUCGGCAAGUCUGCUGCGGCGGAUGCAUGCUGAUCUUACCGUGGCCGAGGAAGAAGGGGCGGAUGGGGAAGAUGGCGGUACUUAUGCAAGAGAGAUCAUUGCAAAGAAACGCUGGCUUGCUUUCCCCAAAACCAUCCGUCUCUCAACUCGUCCGCGGCCACCACGUACUGGUGAUGGCACCAGAUAUCGAGCGCUUCCAAACCGUAUAUCGCGCUCUGCGCCGAUGCCCAACUUUGUAUUCAGCCAUAAAGAGUCUGUGCCUGCUCUGGCAGAACGACUAACAAUGGAAGUACUAGUUCCCUUGUUUCGCAAGCUCCACCCGGAGAAGAAGUGGGAUUUGAGCUUGGUGAAUGUCGCGGCUACGGAUAUGCUGGAUGCGGCUAGUGAGAAGGGCGGGCCGGGGAGGAAUAUCAAGGAUAUGUUUAGGAGGCAGGAUGGUGUGCUUAGGCAGUGGAGAGUUGAGGAAAGCAGUGGAAGCACUAACAAUAAUUAUGAAGAGGAAAUGAUCGAGGGCAGUGUCCCGAAGAAGGAGAAGAAUACCCUCCAGUUUGCUAGGACGGGCUCGGAGGAUAUACCCACACAGUCGCAGGAAGCGAUGUAUUUCGAUGAGUGGGAUGACGGGGAUGAGGAUAUGCUGGAUGAUGAUAUGUUUAAGUGUGAGCAGUGUGGGAAUGCGAUGCCACUGUUUGCCAUGGCGGCUCAUGAACGGUGGCAUGACGGACAGUAG